UGUACACUGAAAUUGUUUAAGCCAUCGUUUUCUGCCUUUACAGCUUGAGGCCUUUUAAAAUGAGCCAAUCAGUAUGGAUCACUGACACCUGUGCAUAAGACUCAAGGAUAAUAAUUUUCAGUCAGUUAACUUGCUGAAUUUCUUCGAUGUCAUUGAUGAUGUUUAACGAAGAAAAAUAUGAGGAUAAGGAGCUGCAGGCCGAGCAUGUUGCAGCUCCUGCAUGUUGCUGUGUUGUGGUUCUGCCUUCUCCUCCCCUCGCUGCUCUGUGACAACCUGCUUUGCUACUACAGCCCCAUCCUGGAGAAGGAGAAGACAUUCGAGCUCAUUGUGACCGAGUGCCCUCCUGACGAGCUGUGCUUCAAGGCAGAUGGUCGCUACGGAAACCACAGCGCCCUGUCGGCUAGUGGCUGCAUGGCGGAGAGGGACUGCAGCCAGGUGCAUAGCAUCCGCCUCAAAGGAACCAUGUAUGCCAUGAGCUACAGCUGUUGUGAUUGGUCGUACUGUAACUCCUGCCCAGGAGUUGCAGCCAGAUCUCUCUACAUCAGUGUAUCACUUCUAACUGUAGCUGUGAUGACUAGCUGCUUGUGACUGAAGACACCUAAUGUGCUUUGUUAUGCAUCUUUAGCGGUUUAUGUCAAAGGGAAGAUACUUUUAUGGUUCAAUACCAAGCAAGUAGAGAAUGGAGUAAUGCAGAGAGCCUGCUGAAGUAUGAAAUAUGAGGUGAAUGCCCAGUCUGAACACACUGAGGUGUGCACCAAGACAUCAUGUUUUCCAAAUACUAUUUUUUUUUUGCAAUGUCAUAUUAACAAAGCCUAUUUUUAUUGUGUUUUAUUGUCAUUAUAUAAAUAUUUGAAUAAAAACUAAUAUUCUUUGCCCUUUUAAA